CACUCUUCACCAAAACGGUCCACUUCAAUGCCAAAACACUGAACCAAAGAGACUGUGCAAAAGUUCACGCACAAAAAUCGAAAUCAGAAUGGCUUUGGAAAAACGAUCCUCUCCGACUCAGAGUCCAUCUCCUCCUUCGACUCAAGAUCUCAAGCAACGAGUCAUAACGUGCCUCAACAAACUUGCCGACCGCGACACGCUGAAGUUAGCGACGAUCGAGCUGGAGUCCAUCGCCAAAACCUUAACUCAAGAUUCGUUCUCCUCGUUUCUCAGCUGCUUACAAAACACUGAUUCGUCUUGCAAGUCUCAGGUUCGGAAACAAUGCGUGAACCUACUGACUCUGCUUUCCGAGUCGCACGGAAACUCUCUCUCGCCGCAUCUCCCCAAAAUGAUUGCAACGCUCGUCCGCCGGUUACGGGACCCGGAUUCGUCCGUGAGAUCCGCAUGCAUUGUUGCAACGACUGCCAUGUCAUCACACAUCACGAAACCGUCGUUUUCGGUGGUGUCGAGACCGUUGAUUGAAUUGAUACUAGUGGAGCAGGACGUGAACUCGCAGGUCGGCGGAGCGAUGUGUUUGUCGGCGGCGAUAGAGGCGGCUUCGAAUCCGGAAGUGGAGCAGUUGAGGAAGCUGUUGCCGAGACUGGGGAAGGUGGUGAAGAGCGAGGGGUCUAAAGCGAAAGCUGCGGUGUUGGGAGUGAUAGGAAGUGUUGUUGAAGUUGGUGGAGCGAGAAACAAGGGAGUGUUAGAUUGGCUGGUGCCGUUCGUUCGGGAGUUUUUGAGUUGUGAUGAUUGGGCAUCCAGAAAGGCCGCUGCCGAGGUGUUGGGAAAGGUGGCUUUCGUUGAGAAGGACUUAGCCUCAGAGUACAAAAACGCGUAUUGGGCGGCUCUGGAAAGUAGAAGAUUUGAUAAGAUAAAGAUUGUUCGAGAGACGAUGAAUCGUACAUUAGAGCUGUGGAAGGAGGUUCCUGGUGAUUGUGACGACGUCUCGGCUCCGUCUCAAUCUAAGUCUUCUUCAGCAGAUAAUGGUAGUGGCGGAUGCUUUCCUUCUAUCACCAAAAGUUUCCAAGAUGUUGGUUUUAAAACUCCACCACCAAAGAAAAUGAUUCCCACUGGCAGUUCUCCUUCAUCAGAUAGUUCUUAUGGGACGACUGCCAAAAAUGAAGUUACUUUGAGAAGUAGUAACAGGAAGACAAGCACAUCAAUGCUCCAUAAAUCGAAUGAUAAAAAACCCUCUGAUUGGAAAGUUGAAAUUGCAGUACCACACUCUACUUCCAAGGUGAUUUGUGCCGAUGAUGUCAAAAUGCGUGACUCUGAUCAUCCCGAAUUAGGAGAGAAGGAAAAUAAUGUAAAUUCUCGGCCAGAAACCAAACGUGCACUCUUCAGCAAAAUCCAAAAUGACAAAGUUUAUAAAUUUGGUGGUUUCAGAUCAGGGUCUAGGGUGGUCCCGUGUCCUGAUGAUGGGAACUCAGAUUUUGUGGCCAGCAAUGGUACUGAAGAAGUUUAUGAUGACCCGAAAGACGCUGAGGAUCUCUCUUUGAUCCGUGAACAACUUCUUCAGAUUGAAAACCAGCAGUCCAGUCUAUUGGACCUUCUUCAGAGAUUCAUUGGGAGCUCCCAGAGUGGGAUGAAUUCUCUAGAGACACGUGUACAUGGCCUGGAGAUGGCUCUGGAUGAAAUCUCAUAUGAUUUGGCAUUAUCAAGUGGAAGGAUCCCAAACAAAGAAUAUGCAGAAAACACUUGCUGCAAACUGCCUGGCGCAGAAUUCUUGAGUUCCAAGUUUUGGAGGAGGACAGAAGGUCGGUUUUCUACCUCGAGGUUGUCUUCAUCUGGGAAUAUGGAAUGCUUCCGUGCCAUACAUAACGCAGCUGAUACUGAAACAUACAACAUAGAUAACCAAAAAUUACAGCACCCACAUGGGGGUGGAUACAUCUUGAACUCAUUGUCAGAUGUUCAUGACCUAAGGGAGAAUUCUGGGUUCCAUUCAAAUAGAACUGUGAAGAACAUCAUCCAAGAGUCUGAGAGGUCACAAGUUUGCAGCGUUGGUGGCCUUGAUGGGACUUCUCCAUCUUCUGUUUCUAAAACCCAAGUGAAUAUAAAUAGGAGAUUAUCUACUUAAGUGGAAUGGAAGUUAUGCUUAAAUACUCAGUUUAGCAGAGACAAGCACCUUGGGAGUUGGGUAAAGGUUGAAGAAUGGCACGAAAAUGGAGCAUUAAAUCUAGAAAAUGAUACAAAAAUAUGAAGCUAACCUUGUGAAAUCAGCCUUUGAGUUGCAUGCGUGUGAAGUGUCUCAUUUGACUCAGCCUUUUGGUUAAUUAUAUACGCGUAGGAUUUAUAAUUUAAGAUCCUUCUUUUAGAGGCAGCAAUUUCUUUGAAGUGCAAUACCAGAGCAAGUCUACCGAAUGUUAUUAUUCUUGCAUACAAAUCUUGUUAAGUUAUGCAAUUGUUGAAAGAAAAGUUUGUCUUGUAUAUAAAUAAAGUUUCACACAAAAAAAUUGGCUUGUCAUUCGUUGCUUUUGUCUCUGUAAUGUUUACUGUUUGUAAUGUGCAUUUUCUGCGACAACUGCGUGGUGUGAUGCAAUAUGCAAUAACAAGCCUCGUUCCGUAUUCUUGGCCAUCCUUAUCAUAACGCCGAUUGGGUAAAGGUCC